AUGACAAAGCUUAUUGUGGGUGCCCUGCUCCUCUCUGUUCUUUUAGGAUGUUCAUUCCAAGAAGACAUGACGGGGAAGGCGUUUGUUUUCCCUCAAGAAUCAGCCACUGCCUAUGUGACCCUGAUCCCAAAGAUGAGGAAGUCACUGCAGAAUUUCACCCUGUGUCUGAAGGCCUUCACUGACCUCACCAGACCUUACAGCCUCUUCUCCUACAGCACAAAGACCAAGCACAAUGAGAUUCUUCUCUUUGUGACAAAAUUGGGAGAGUAUGACAUCGCUGUUGGAAAUUCAGAAGUCAUUUUCAAAGUGCCCCCCAAUCCUUAUGCCCCACAACAUGUCUGUGUGAGCUGGGAGUCUGCCUCUGGAAUUGUAGAACUCUGGCUGGAUGGAAAGCCUAUGGGGAGGAAAGGCUUGAAGAAGGGGUACAGUGUUGGUGCUGAGGCAAAGAUUAUCAUAGGACAAGAGCAGGAUUCCUUUGGGGGAGCUUUUGAUGCAAAACAAUCCUUUGUUGGAGACAUAUGGGAGGUGUCCUUGUGGGACCAUGUGGUCCCCCUAAAAGAAAUGGAUGGCGGGUGUUACAAUGGCAACCUUAUAAAUUGGCAAGCUCUCAAUUUUGAAGACAAUGGCUAUGUGGUCACUAAACCCAAACUGUGGGCUUAA